AUGGGAUUUGAGUUGGCACAGGCUCUGGUUUGCAAAUCCACGGCAACCAAUUUUCUCAGGCGCCCUGCGUUUGUCCUGGAGAACAGCAGCCGUGUAGACAAGCAUGAGUGUCCAUUUGGGCGUGGCAGCAUUCAACUCACCGUCAUCCUCUGUGAGAUACUCAAGAUUGGAGACCCACCCUCGGAGACCGGGCAAGACUUCUACCCCAUGUUCUUCGCCCAGGACAAGGUUUUCGAGGAGGUCUUUUGUAUUUGCAUCCAGCUGUUGAACAAGACGUGGAAGGAGAUGCGAGCCACACAGGAGGACUUCGACAAGGUGAAGCCUCCAUCUUGAUCUCGGGCAGUCACGCACACUUGGGGGUUGAAGGAAACAGGGCUGCGCGGGAGGGGAAAGAGCACGACUGGGAAGUUCUUCCAAAGGUCUAGUACAGGCACGACGGGCCAAGCGGCCGUCUCUUGGAUUGUCGCCGUGAAGUUGAAUUGGUUUGUGGAGCUUAAUCGCCACAACAGUGACUCUGAGGGA